AUGGGAUUCUUCUCCCGCGUCCUCACCCUCUUCGGGUUGGUGUUGCUUGCCCACGCAGGCUACUCCGCCCACGAACACACCCUCCUAACCAGCAGCGCCAGCAGCUCCCGCCUCACCAACCCGCUCCACUCCGCCACCACAACAACCACGCACCUCCCGCCGGACAUCAUCAUCGAAGCCCUCGUGUCCCUGAUCAUCGUCUCCGUGGGCCUCGUCCUGGGCACCGAGAAACUCAAACCCAUCAGCUGGAGCGAGUGGGCGGGCCAGAUCGAGCGCGAGGGCAAAGGGCGCCAUCCGUACCGGCGGUUGGAGGAGCGGUAUGCGUUCUGGGAUGUUCGGGCAAAGAGAAAGGAGUUUGCGGAUUGGAUCCGGGAGUCGGGGGUGGGGGAUGAUGUGGUUGAGGAGAAGAAAUAA